AUGCUGUCGUAUCAAAAUAUAACGCCGAGCCAGCGCGAGUUGUACGACAAGGUCAAGAAUACACCUCGUUAUUUCUGUCGACAUGGGGAACAGGUUGGCGAUGCUGGAGCGCAGGCGAUUGCUGAGGCACUUAAAGUCAACAUGACAAUUACCCAAGUCGAUCUUUGGCAGAAUCAGAUUGGCGAAGUUGGUGCGCGCGCGCUUGCCGAGACACUCAAAGUGAACGAGACAGUGACUUGGAUCGCUAUUUGGGAUAAUCAGAUUGGCGAUGCCGGAGCGAGCGCGAUUGCUGAGGCGCUCAAAGUGAACAAGACAGUGACCGAAGUCGUUUUGGGCGGGAAUCAGAUUAGUGAUAUUGGAGCGAGCGCGAUUGCUGAGGCGCUCAAAGUGAACAAGACAGUGACCAGGCUCGACCUGGAUAAAAAUCAGAUUGGCAGUGCUGGAGCACAGGCGCUUGCUGAGGCAUUCAAAGUGAACAAGACGCUGGCAUGGCUCAAUCUGUCAUGGAAUUGCAUUGGCGAUGUUGGUAUUCAAGCGAUUGCUGAUGCAUUCGAGUCCAAUCCCACUCUGACUGAUUUUUACAUUGGCAACCAGUGUAGCCCUCUUGUACCCUCCUUGCUUCCACGAUUGGCGACUGCUGACGAGCUUCAGGCCGUGUUUGGCUUGCUGACCAGCGGACGGGAGCUGGAGGAUCAGCUUGCAUCUCUACCGGCACUGCCGACUGAGAUUGCCGAUCUCAUUAUGGACGAAGCGUGUUACUGGCAAGGCCUGCGAAGAACCCGAUGCAACAUUUACGAUGAACGUUUUUUGCAAGUCACAGUUCCGAGGAGCAGCACUGGGAAUGCAAUCCGUGUACAGGCAAUGCAAGUGCUUCUUGACAUGAAGUAUGUUCGUGCCAAGAACCCAGAGCUGUACGUUGUUCAAUUGAUUGUCCGAGAUACGCAAGGUGCUGUUCAAUACGAAUGCACUGCGAAACCGACUUUGGUCGAUUCGACUCUCUGGCGUGUGACAAUCCUGCCAGCCAACCAUCCUGUCAUUCGACAAAUGCGCGAGGGCUGGACGGUUGACGUUCAACCCAGCAAGUGUACGGGCGGUGGGCGAUUCGAGUCGCUUCAUGUCGGAUAUAUUGAAAGACAAUAUGUAAAAUCCAUGCGGAUGUAA